AUGUCAGUAGCAGAGCUGAAAGAGCGGCAUAUGGUCGCUACUCAGACUGUAAAUGAUCUCCGUGAAAAACUUAAGCAGAAACGUCUUCAAUUACUCGACACUGAUGUUGCUGGGUAUGCAAGGUCACAAGGUAAAACUCCGGUUACCUUUGGCCCAACAGAUCUGGUUUGUUGUAGGAUCCUGCAAGGACACACAGGAAAGGUCUAUUCACUGGACUGGACUCCUGAAAAAAAUCGUAUAGUCAGUGCAUCCCAAGAUGGUAGAUUAAUAGUGUGGAAUGCUCUCACAAGCCAAAAAACCCAUGCAAUUAAGCUUCCAUGUGCUUGGGUUAUGACCUGCGCCUUCUCUCCUAGCGGACAGUCUGUUGCUUGUGGUGGCCUUGACAGUGCCUGCUCUAUCUUCAACUUAAAUUCACCGAUCGAUAAGGAUGGGAACCAUCCAGUAUCGAGAAUGCUUAGUGGGCAUAAGGGGUAUGUGUCAUCGUGUCAGUAUGUUCCAGAUGAGGAUACUCACCUAAUAACUAGUUCUGGCGAUCAAACAUGUGUACUUUGGGAUAUAACUACUGGCCUAAGAACUUCUGUGUUUGGAGGUGAGUUUCAAUCUGGGCACACUGCAGAUGUAUUAAGUGUCUCAAUUAGUUCAUCUAACCCCAGACUGUUUGUGUCUGGGUCCUGUGACACAACUGCUCGACUGUGGGACACCCGAGUUGCUAGUCGAGCUCAACGAACAUUUCAUGGUCAUGAGGGAGAUGUUAAUACUGUAAAGUUCUUCCCUGAUGGUAAUCGCUUUGGAACUGGUUCAGAUGAUGGAACCUGCAGAUUAUUUGACAUCAGAACUGGACACCAGCUGCAAGUAUACUACCAGCCGCAUGGUGACAGUGAUAUCCCUCAUGUGACUUCCAUGGCAUUUUCUAUCUCAGGCCGUCUUCUCUUCGUCGGGUACUCUAAUGCAGAUUGUUACGUGUGGGACACCCUAUUAGCAAAGGUGGUCCUAAACUUGGGAGCAGUUCAAAACUCUCAUGAAGGGCGAAUAAGUUGCCUGGGACUGUCAGCUGAUGGAAGCGCCUUAUGUACAGGAAGUUGGGAUACUAACCUGAAGAUUUGGGCUUUUGGUGGGCACAGAAGUGUGAUCUGA